AUGGACAUGGGAGCGGUGCUAGGUGACCGCGCCAGCCUUCGCGCGUUAACACAAACUAAGGUAUUUGUGAUUCGCGACCUCGACGAGCUCACCACGGAAGACGAGUUGAAGAGUGCCUUGGAGGCCCAGGCAGAGAUCCCUGCAGCAGUCGUGGCUAUCAAGAGCCUUCGGCAAUCGCAGUACGGAGGGAAGACUGCGGUGAUAGCAGUCCCAGCCAAUCUGACGGACCCGCUGAUCAAACGUGGCAAGCUGAGGCUAAACCUGAAUCACUGCACGGCAGCCCAAGACCUGCUUGUGCAGACGGUGCGUGAACGCAGAGUGGAGCUCGCGCUACUUAGCGAGCCCUACCGAACGCCGGCUAGCCCAGACUGGGCCUUCGACCGCACCAAAAAAGCAGCGAUCUGGAGGUGCAGCAGAGAAACCCAGCAAAUAACCGAUGUUCUUUCGGACAUCGGUUUUGUUAGGGCCAGGGUAGGCAGAUGGUGGGUGUACAGCGUAUACCUAGCCCCCAGCCUGACCCUAAUCGCAUUCAGCCGGGCACUGGACAGACUGGCAGCGGAUGCUAGAGGCCGCACCCAGGUCCUAAUAGCGGGCGACUUCAACGCAUGGUCUGAGAGCUGGGGCAGCUCAACCACCAAUGCGAGAGGUAGGAUGGUGCUGGAGGCUUUCGCGACGUUGGACCUGGCUCUUCUCAACCAUGGAAACCGGCACACGUUCAGGCGCGCCGGAAUGGGCUCUGUGGUGGACCUCACCUUCACUAGCGGCUCGUCGUACAGGCUAGCGAGGUGGAGACUCAGCGAGGACUACACUGGCAGCGACCAUCUGGCCAUCAUCUGCGACCUGGGAAGCCCACCCUCGUCCCAAGCCCAGACACCAGCCCAGGCCAGGAUUAAAUACAAGACGGACUCUCUGGACACGCAGGUGUUUCGAGAGCAGUUCCUACCCAUGGCGAGCAGACAAGGAGCCGAGCUGACGGCAGUGGAGCUGAUGAGACGGCUGAAGGCCGCAGCUCAACUAGCAAAGCGGGUCAAGACCCCCCAGCUAGAAAUCGAGGAGAUGGGAGAAAUCCUGGACGACCUUCUGACGAAGGUCAACCUCAACGGGUGA